AUGUCCAUGUUCCGAUCCAUGAGUCCAACAACACGCAAACCUGGCGCAGAGCUUAUCGGCGACUUCCAGAAGAAAUUCUCUCACGUCAUCGCAGAUCCCUUUCUCUCCCAGUCACCUCUCGACCACAACACCAACAACACUGCGAAGCUGCAACAAGCCCCGGUGUUUCCUUCACAACCAUACAAUGCUCCCCAGUUCAACAGCAACUCUUUCGCAGGUCCAAGUGUAGUCGACUAUGUCACCCAUUCCGGCCAGCAGCCCGGGAUCCUGACGCCAACCGCCAACCAGAUGUGUGCCGUAGUUCAUAGUCCUGCGGGGGAUCUCCACACCCCGACUGUAGAAUGGAAUCUGGCCAGUACCCCCUCGAUCUGGGAUCAAAUGGUCAAUGUCAAUGUAUACACAGAUCCGCAGCAACAGCAACAACAACAACACCCACUGCCGCAUCCACCGCCGCAACCACCCCAUCACGAUGCAGCCCCGUCAACCGCGCACACGGACAUGAAUAUCCUCGAGGCGCAAUACCAGCACCACCUCUUCCAGAACAUGGACCCUUUCGGACAGCACCAGCUGUUCGCGAACAGGACGACGUUUCGUGCCUCGUCUGACUACGAUCCGCUGGAUGCGUCGAUCUACCCGAGCUCAUAUACGGAGUCACUGACGGACGCGACACAGCCGACAUCGGCGGUGGAACCGGCGGCAAUUGAUCGUGCGGAUUUUCCCCCAAGGCCGGAAACACAGUUUCGAUAUCGUGUCACCUUACAUGCUCCCACCGCCAUCGCUGAUCAUGCUCACGAUCCUCCUGUUACUUACUUGAACAAGUCGCAGGCAUAUUCGGUCUCCAUCGUCGAUUCAGCGACCCCAUCGUCGAGCUCACAGCCCGUACAGUAUCGGACAAGUGUGCGGAUCACCUUUGAAGAGCCAGCCCACCGAUCCAAUCCAGCCGCGUGCUGGCGACUCUGGAAGGAAGCGCGCGGGGUGGUCGAGGCCCAGCAGCGCCGGGGGAAGAUGCGCGCCUUGGAGUUUGUCGACUUGCGGAUGGCGCCGUAUGCGAAGAAAAACGUUCCUCGGGUGCAGAAAGUGGACAGGGCCUCCUUUGAUGGGUUUUGCGUGACGUGGACGGGCACUUCGGGAGCUGGCUCUUCCGAAUGUGUGAUCAACGUCCGCUUCAACUUUCUCUCCACCGACUUCAGCCUGUCCAAGGGCGUGAAGGGCGUGCCGAUUCGGCUGUGCGUCAAGACGGAAAGGAUCAGUCCGGAUCACAGCACCCCUGGGUUGGGUGGCGGCGGCGAGGCGGAAGUCUGUUACUGCAAGGUGAAGGUCUUCCGGGAUCACGGCGCGGAGAGGAAGCUAUCCAACGAUGUGGCACAUGUGCAAAAAGCCAUCCACAAGGUCGAGCGACAAAUUGCGCAAGGAGACCCCGAUGGCGCCAACGGUCUGGGGAAGCGCAAACGGCGCAAAGGGGUGGGCCACGGGCUCACCAAGAACCACACCGUAUCCAUGAGUCUCUCCCCCAGCCGAGCAAAUAGCUUGACGGCGAUUGACGAUCUGCAUCGCGCCUUAUUCGAGUUGCGUAACCUCUUCUCAUCAUCGCAGCCCGUGAGCGUCUUGUCCCUGAAAGGGGAUGAACUUGAUGAUCCGGAUCUAUCGCCCGUAUCACUAUCUCCAGAUCCAUGCAGUGCGGUACCCCUAGGUCGCAUAAGCCCUAUCGAGGAGGGAGGGAUUGCCAACUUUCACGGCGACCUGGUGGAAUUGCCACACCGGCCUUUUGGCCAGUACCCGAGCACGCUCAGUCGACGGACUGAUUCUCCGGACGUGAAGCCGAGUCUAGUGAGCGCGGGGUCUUCUUCGACCGAUUUGCAGGUUCUCGGGAAGGUGCCUCAAUUUCAGCAGGUGGCGUGUUUCUACAUCAGAAUCCAAGACGGCAACCAGCAGGAGCCCUACUACCGCGCCGUGUACCUGACCGAACGGACCGCUUCGGAUUUGAUCAGCCAACUCGCGAAGAAAUACAACGUUUCCCCGGAUCAGAUCGUUCGACUCGUGCAUGUCCGAUCGACGGGGUUGCAAGUUGUCGUGGACGACGACGUGGUCCAAGUGAUCCCCGAGGGUCAGGACAUGGUCGCUCAAAUUUCUCAAGUCCCUAAUGAACCAGACAGUGAGGUCAAGACCGAGUCAGUGACCAGUUACGAGGUUCAGCUGGUUUUUUAA